AUGGCCGGAGCCUCGCGAACAGAGCUGAUCCAGUGGGUGAACGACCUGCUCGGGCUGAACUACACGAAGGUGGAGCAGUGCGGGACGGGCGGGGCGUACCUCCAGAUCCUCGACAGCAUCUACCUCGACGUGCCGAUGGCGCGCGUGAAGAUGGCCGCGCGCCAGGAGUACGAGUCGCUCGCGAACUACAAGAUCAUGCAGGGCGUCUUCAAGGCGAAGAAGAUCGAUAAGCCGAUACCCGUGGAGAAGCUCGUCAAGUGCAAGAUGCAGGACAACCUCGAGUUCCUGCAACGGAAGGGCGCGGCGGCAGAACCGGCGACGUUGGCGCCGGUGGCACCGAAGAGCAUGGGCACGGGGAAGAGCACGGCUGGGGCGGGCGCGUCGCGGGCCAAUGCGCGGACGCCGGUUAGCGGACAUCGCUCGGGGACACCGAACAAUGCGACGAUCAUCGCGCUCAAUAACCAGGUCAGCGAGCUCACGACCCACAUUGAGGGGCUCGAGAAGGAGCGCGACUUUUACUUCGAGAAGCUGCGAGAAAUCGAGAUUAUGGUGCAGCAGCGUGUGGAGGCGCUCGAGCAGGAGGGCCAGGACGAUGACACGCUGCGCGAGAUCCAGAAGGUGCUUUACGCCACCGAGGACGGCUUCGAGGUCCCCGAACAGGACGCAGCGGCUGACGAGGAGGAGACAUUCUGA